AUGGGGAAGCUGGCCAAGGCGUUCGGGCUCGGCAAGAAAGGCAAGAUCGGCCUCACGGUCGCCAAGCCGGUGUACAUCGCCGGCGAGCUGGUGGUCUGCACCAUCUACGCCGACAUCCUCGAGCCAAUCGAGUGCGAUGCGCUGGUGCUCAAGGUGACCGGGAAGGAGAAGGUGGAGUUCUCGCACGUUCACACGGAAUUCCGAGACGGGGAGUCCGUGGAGCAGCGAGACCACGUCGAGCGUGACAAGGACUUCUUUAAGCAGAAGAUUCUCUGCGACCUCGUGGUCCACGAACGCAACUUCAAGGCGCUGGUAGCAAGCGAGGACUCGACCACGCAGGACGUCAAGUUCCUCUGCUGCUUUAGCCGCGGCACGUGCCAGCUCGCUGUGGCCAUGGACAAAAGCGUCUACUUCCCAGGGGAGACAGCGCAGAUCCUGUGCAACAUCAACAACGGGUCGAGCGUGGAGAUCACAGCCAUGCGCUGUAAAUUGUACCAAGACAUCACGGUGCAGCUCUCGAACGGAGCAGGAUCGUACCGCACGCUCACCAAGCUUAUGUGCGAGAACGCUUUCCCGGGGCGGCUUCCUUCAGCGUCAACCAAAGGAGAGCUGAUAGCCUGCGCGUACCGCAUCGACGUCGAGUGUGAUAUCCCGUGGUGCCCCGACGUCUGCCUGCACUUGCCAGUCAGCAUUAUCGCAGCAGAAGUACCCUUCCAAGCCGUUGGCUGGGUCCCAGAGUCCACGGAGGGCUUCCAGCAGGUUUAA